UUAGUACUGGAUGUACAGCGAUCUGUUCGUGCAGCCUGUGUCGAACCACUGCUGGAACUUGGCACGCUAAUAAAGGAUGUUGUCGAGUUUGAGUCAUUUAUUCAGCCAUGUUUGGACAGACUAGCUGAAGAUGGCAGUCGGUAA